AUGGAUAUCACUGUCGAGUUGAAUGAAGAGCGUCCUAAACUCGUGACCAACCCACCCAACAUGCGGACAGAGAUAGACAACGUCCAGGAGGCUUAGAAGUGGUACAAGAGCAAGUUUGACACUCUCAAGCAUCACGCUGGCAAACACGAGCAGCAAAAGAAGACCAUUAAGGGAGAAAUUACAACCCUGCUUCGGCAGCUGACACACAUCCAGAGCUCGAUUGACACCCUGAUGGCUCGCAUUGUCGGCCUUGAGCUGCACCUGGACAUGGAGGUGUCCCAUAUGGAGAAGACGGGGAUCCUGGAAGAUGUCAUCGUACUCUUGGGAACCCAGCUCUGCGAGACCAAACUUGAGAUGACCAAGUAUUUUAAAGACUGCCAGGCACUUCUUCACACUAAACUCAAGCUGCACGCAGAUAUCGCCACCUUCAGGAAGCUGCUAGAAGGGAAGGAAGGGAGGCUGGGCGUUACCCAAGAUGUGUGAUUUAUCAGAAAAGUGGUUCUUCACACGCAUACAAUUCCACAGAAAAACAUCAGAGCAGUGUAGUGUGUAGAGAGAGCAUCACCAAUUGUUAUUCUCUACCUCACCCUGCAUACUUGCCUAUCAAGGAAGGAUACAAAACUGACAAGCAGUUCUUUGGAAAUGAAGGGAAGCAUGUACCCAGUCUCCUUGACCUGAUUUCCCAAACACAUUCCCUUGCUUCCCAACCUGUCCUGGUCCUUACUGCGUCAUAUUUGACACUGGUUCUAAAAAUAACCCCUUUUCCAUUUAGUUGCUUCUUCUGUCCCCCAACCCUCACUCCAUUUGUCAUAUUUGGCAGCCUUAAUGUCUCUUUUGUCCUACCUGAUACUGUUUCCCUCU